UUCGUUGCAGCUAUUCCACAACUCGUCAAGAGCGCACUGAGAUGAAAACAAGGGAACCGGAGAUUGGGGAAAGAUAAGACAUUUCAAAUGUGAUUGAUAAAAAAAGUGACACAGAUUUUGAAAGCGAUACUAAUUAUUCCAGCACUGAGUUUAUAGCCUUUACGAAUACUUGCUAUUUGUUUUUUCAACUGCGCCUCUAACAUAGGUUAAGAGAAAGAGUGGGGAGUCAGACAGGAGAAGACAUCAGGCGCUUCCAGAACGAAGUAUUUUCGGUCCAAGGAGAAUACGGUAACGAAAGACAAGACUGAGAGAUAAUAAACAGGUUAUGUUAAAGACCGUGAGAAGGAGAGAAACGAAGUGACAAGAAACGAAGAGAGGAGUGAAUAUCGAAAACCUGUUUAUAGAAAGCAAGGUGUGGGAAAACAAACGAUUGGAAUAGAGAUGUUCGGCAUGAUCAAGAAUUCGUUGUUCGGGGGCACCGAGGUGACAGAGUACAAACUGCUAAGUAGUGAAACUAAGGAGGGCAUCAAUUAUGAAGUACGGCGGUACGACAGCGCACGCUACGCCUCCGUGUGCACUGAGGGACGGAGCUUCGACCAGGCGGCCAGCGAGGGGGUGAAGAGGCUUCUGAUGUACAAAGGGGGGAGCAAUGAUCGAGGUGUGGGCAUGGGAGUGACUGUACCGGUCGCCAUCACGGUCUUCACCAGGGACGACGGGGCGAUGUCUCGCCGGUUUGUCAUCGGCCUCCGCAUCCCCUCCCGUUACCAGGACAACCCGCCCGCUCCGACCGACAGCUCGGUGAAGAUCGAGGACAGGCCGGGCAUGACCGUGUACGCCCUGCAGUUCGGGGGGUUCGCGGGGGAGUACGAGUUCCGAAUAGAGGCUUCCCGUCUGACCCGAAUCCUGGGGGAGACCGCUCCCUACCAGCGCAAGCAGUACUUCUGCUGCAGUUACGACCCGCCAAUCAAGCCCUACGGCCGGCGCAACGAGGUGUGGUUCAUACAGGAGGAGCCAUGAAGAGGAGGGUAUACAGAAUUACUGACCUGGUGUUCUACAUUAACAUUGUAUUGUGAGGGAGUUACUCUCUCACACUCUCUCACACUCUCUCACACUCUCUCACACUCUCUCACACUCUCUCACACUCUCUCACACUCUCUCACACUCUCUCACACUCUCUCACACUCUCUCACACUCUCUCACACUCUCUCACACACUCUCACACACUCUCACACACUCUCACACACUCUCACACACUCUCACACACUCUCACACACUCUCACACACUCUCACACACUCUCACACACACUCACACACACUCACACACACUCACACACACUCACACUCUCACACACACUUCGCAUCUUCUCGCUAUUGAUACUUUCAUUGGCCUAGCAUAAGAACUUUGAGAUUAUUUAUUUAUUUAUUUCAGACGUUUCACUGCCGUUUUUUUUUAAUGCACAAAUUCAAAACUGAAUUUGAAAAAAAGUUGAAAACCCCACUAGUGACACGGAAAUGCACACACACACACGCACACGCGGAAACGCGCACACACACACACACACACACACACACACACACACACACACAUACGCACACACACACACACAAGGCCCAGGAAGUAUAGGCAGCAACUGAGGGAAGCACAUGCAGACUGAUAGUUCCACCACCCUGCAGUAUUCUCUGAUCACUUCACCAAACAAAAAUAAGAUGAUCAAAAUAACUUUUGUUUGAUCUGUACAUCAUGGAUCAACCAAAAUGAAUAAAGCAUAAUAUAAACUCCUACAGAGGGAGUUGAGGAGCCAUGAAGAGGUACUGAAGCAGGUUUAAGCAGACAUUUUAUCCAAGAUAGUCUAGAAGUGUGGUUCUCAUAUUAACAGGCAACCUACAAGGCAGUGGUCAUGUGUAGUGACUGUGUUGGUGUGCUUGUGAAAUUGACAUCAUUAGUAUAAUUCUUGGAUAUGAAAUGUACAUAUAAAAAUUAUGAUUCUGGAAAUUGUAUUUUGAGAUACUCCUGUAUGGUGUGUGAAUUUCUGUGAAAAUACUGGGGGAGAAUAUCUUCCAUUGAAUUCAAACUACAAGAAAUAUGUUCUGAAGUAUGUUCAUGAAAUAUAAUUUUGUCUUAGAUGAUGUUUUCUAUUGUAAGUCUAAGUAUAUUAAUUUAUAAACAUUUAGGGAAAAAAAGCUGUUAAAUGUUAUUGCACCUGUUUGAAUAAAGUAAACUUAAAGGG